AUGCCCCUUCCACAAAUUUGUACAAUCUUAUAUUUCAUCUUCAUGCUUCGUUUACCAGCAAUAUAUGGUGGUCCAGUUGCCAAACCAGGAUGCCCAAAUAUGUGCGGGAAUUUGGCCAUUUCAUAUCCAUAUGGGGUCGGGUCGAAUUGCUCGCUCGACCCGUCCUUUACCAUUAGCUGCAACACUGCCACAGAGCCUCCGAAGGCGUACCUUUCAAUCAUUGAUAAACAAUUGAUUGAAAUAAACGAAACGUAUAUUCGGGGACUUUGUGUUCGCUGUCCAUGUACACAAACAGGCUCACUGCCAUUGGCUGCGACGACGCUGUGCUGCAGUCCAACGGAACUUACAACAACGGCGGUUGCUCUGCCUUUUGUGAGGAACACAUCAACACUCAAACAGGGUAUUGCCCAUUUGAUCCUACUUCCAUCGGUACUGGUUGUUGCCAGGCCCAAAUCGUCGGAGGUAAUUCUCAAUUUGUAAUAAAUUUUCUUCUGUUCUAUUAUAGUUGAGUCGUUAUGUAUUUUUUUUCUUUUGGACAUAAUGUUUAUAAAAAUGUAAAUGUGUUUAGACUGUUGCUAUUGGUAAUCCAUGCCAUGGAUCACCAGCUAAUAAAUAAAUUAUUUAAAUGUUAAAGUGAAA